UCAUUUGCAGAUAUUCAGCACACAGCAGAGCAAGGAGGGGGCAGCAGCAAACCAGAUGCCCUCUGACUGAUAGAGGACAUGAUGGAGGCUAUUCAUGUAGCAGGAUUUUACAGCUUCAUGACUCAUUGCAUAUUUCUAUUCAUCUUAGGCCUGGCUGAAUCAAGGGGUUUAGUGACACCAAUCUCUGUGGCUCCAUGUGAAGCACCAUUGCAAUGGGAGGGCAGAACAGUAUUGUAUGAUCAUAACACAGGCAAAAACACCAGGGCCACAGUCACUUAUGAUGCCUUCCUGCAGCGCAUUAGAAUAUUGGAGGAGAAAAAGAGUUUGGUGCCUUGCAAAAGGUUUUUUGAAUACAUCUUCCUAUAUCAAGAGGCAGUGAUGUUUCAAAUAGAGCAAGUUACAAAAAUCUGCUCUAAAAACACGUUAACUGAACCUUGGGAUCCUUAUGACAUACCUGAAAAUUCCACCUAUGAGGAUCAAUACUAUAUAGGGGGACCUGGAGAUCAAAUCCCUGUCCAAGAAUGGUCUGACAGAAAACCAGCCAGAAAGUAUGAGACAUGGGUUGGAGUUUACACAGUUAAAGAUUGCUACCCAGUGCAAGAAACCUACACCAAGAAUGACAGCAUGACAACAUCCACUCGUUUUUUUGACAUAAAGCUGGGCAUAAGUGAUCCAUCUGUGUUUAACCCUCCAAGCACAUGUGAAGCCGCUCAACCUCUGUUAAUGAGUGGCGACUGCUGAGCUUGACAAAUGUGAACAAGUUACCAACUGCAUGUACACAUUAGAAGAAGUAAACAGAAGGAGUAUUUGGUUGCCUUGGGAAAUUAAUUUAUUUUGAAAAUAUAUUUUGGCUAAAAUUAAAUAGUGUUUCCUCAUCUUACUCUGCUAAUUUGUUAAUGAAGAGCAUACUUAUCCUUAUCAAUGAUUAAAGGCUUACAGUAUAUUAAUGCUAGUGAUAACAAUAAUGUUCUACAUAUUCAAAGCCAUUGCUUUCACAGAUCAACAGUCAUUUUUUUUACAGAAGUAAUGUUUUGGAGUAUAAGCACUUUUAUCUUCAGUAUUUACCAUCAUCUGUAAUGGUACUGUCCAUAACAGUAUACCUGAGUAAUGUAGCUCAAUAAAGAAUAUUGUAAGCGUACUGAGAGUAUUGUAACUGGUCACAGAGUAAUGUAACUGAUCACAGAACAAAGGGCACAGAAUACUUUAAAUGAUAAUAUGACUGGCCAUCUUAACACAAUGGGGCAUAUUUGCUGGUGUUUUCUUUUUCCUAAAAAUUAUUGCUUAUUGUCUGAUUUACAAAUAUUAUUUGGCAUUUAUUUAUUCUUGAAUGAAAAAAAUUUGGGGAAAAAAAACUUGUAAAAUAGCAUAAAAGUACUUUUGUCAUGGACUUUAUUUCCAAAACAAGGAUUUUACCAGUAGAUCAGAUGGAAAAAAAAGUUGUAUAUUUGUGCUCAUGUCAAAAAAAGACCAAAAGUGCCAUAAAUGUGAUAAUUUGGAUGGCUAACGUUAUAGAAACAUUUCAAAGUAAGCUUUUUGUACUCAGAGGUUCAUUCUUUAGGCUAACAUUUUACAAAAUAACGCUAAAUUACGGUAGUUUAAUGUUAGCACUACAUUCUCACUUGGGUUUAAAGUACUAAUAUUUCUUGUGUUUUAAUGAAUGCAGAAACACAGACCUUUCAGACCAACAAUAUGCUAAUUUCAUCCUUUUGCAUCCUUUUAUUGAAGUCAGUUAAUAAAACAGCCAAUUACAGUCAGCUUCACAAUGGAAAAUUUGUAUGAAGUAAAAUAAAUCACUGAACAACAGGCUAAGAAUAAGGAAACAUUACAGGCGGUGCUGCUCAAGCUAUAAUAUACCUGUUUAAAUGCCUUUCAUUUCAUAACAUAUUUAUGUCAGAUUUACCCUGUGAGUGUAUGAAAGUUCCACCAACCUUUCAUUCACCAUUAGUUUCUGUUCAUGCUGUCCUUUGUCUGCCCUUAAAAAGAUUAUUUUAAUAAUGAUGUAUUCUAAGAUAUGAUUAAUCAAUUGUGUAGCAAUUCAGCUGUGUAUUUAUGCUUGCAAACACAGCAAAUAGUGUAACAAAUGGAAAAUCUGUAUGAAUACAUUAAUGUACAGUAUCAACAUUUCAGAAUUCUGCCCCAACAGUUUUUCAAAUUGCAUGCAGAAGAGAAUAGUACAGUCAGGGGCCUUGUGUCAGAGGCUGAACCACCAAGAUGGGAAGAUGUGAUUUGUGGGUCAUAAAGGGGUUGGGCUUGUUGGGAAUGAGAAAGGUUUUGUAGAUUAUGGGCGGUUGUGUUAGGCAUAAUGGGGUGUGGGUAUAGUGCAUUACGGACAUGAACAUGUGCACUGGGCCCCUUUGUACUUUGCCCACCACCCAGUGAGUACCAACUGACAUAUAAACCGGAGCCUGCACUGGGCCCCUUUGUACUUUGCCCACCACCCAGUGAGUACCAAGUGACAUAUAAACCGGAGCCCCCUUGGGGGGCCCUGGAGAAAGCAGUGUUAAACUUUAUAGGAGUAGGAGUUAUUAUAUUUAAUAAAUAACUUAUAUUUAAUAAAGAACUGCAAAAUCAAAUGGAAAAUAUAUAGCUUUGAAUUUAUGACUUGAAUCUACAUAAUAUACAUACAUAAUAAAGUUCUUAAUAUUUCACCUCA